GUAUUAAUUAAUGGAGUUAUCAUUAGCAAAGCAUUUUUUUCUCUAACUGAAACGUUCAGUAUAAACAUUGUUAUAGGUAUAGCAUUUAGUUUAUCUUGUAUUUUUUUAUGUUUGUGCAACAAAAUUAAAUUUGCUUUAUAAAAUUGUUUUAGUAUGGCGCCGUAUCAAAGGAAACAAACAAGAGCAGAGCGUUUGGAGAAAAAGAAAUUAGCAGAGCGAGAAAGGAAAAAAAGGAUUAAAAGUGACCCAGUCCAGUAUGCGCAACUUAAAGAUAAAGAUAAGCGAAGGUAUGCACGGCUAAAGGAGGAAGGGAGAAUUGUACCCCUCGCACAAAUGACAUCCAGAUAUCGCAGAAAGCGCUAAAAAGAAAAUCGUAUCAAUUUUAAAAGGUAUUAUGAUCGAAAAAAGGAAAAAUUCACAGAAAAUUCUUCAGGAGGCCGAGGAGACAAUGACUUCGAGCAAGCUCCACAUACUAGCAGUGUUCAACAUAAUAUGGUGAGGGAUGAAUCAGACGGAGAUAAUGACACCCAACAAGCUCCACCUACUGUCAAUGUUCAACAUACGUUGAGGGUUGAACCAGAAAGAGACAAUGACAUCGAACAAGAUCCACCUACUAUCAAUGUUCAACAUGCGGUGAGGGUUGAGCCAGAAGAAGAAGAUGUUAAUGCUGGUAUAUAUGUUUUACGUCCUCGUCGUAUAGUAAUAAGAAGUCCAAGCAAAAGCUCUUAUUCACUUUUGACAACACCUUGUGCUAGCAGCAUUGAUUCAGCAGGUUUAUCUGUAAUAAUGGAACGUGAUCUCCCGAACCAACCGCCAAUUCCGCCUAUAAUAAGAUUGAGGAAACGCCAGAAAAAGCCUCAAGGAACAAAACUCAAAAUACUAGUAUUUCUAUGGAUUCUUUUUAUGAUCUUUGAUGCGGCCCAAAAUGCCCCUAUACCUGACAAUGGCGAAAUGAGAGACAAAUACACGAUGAACAAAGACGAAAACACGACGACCAAAGACGAAAACACGACGAACAAAGACGAAAACACGACGAACACAGAUGGACAUAACGCGAACACAGAAAACACAGAUUCGAACCUUCCUACGACUGGAUCAGACGUUAGCGGAACCACGGGCGCUAGUAGCACGGGCGCAGCGCCUGGCGUUUUUAGCUCCCUCACUGACGAUUUUAAACUGUUGGGUUAG